AUCAAUUUGACUUUCCUACUCCAAUCGCCAAUUUCCAAGCUGUCUUUCCAUAGAUUGGGCAUCUCAAGGCUGCUGCCCUUCACAAAUACUCGUAUUUGCAUCUUGAAGCCUCGACAUCUUCCAAUGGCAAGAUUGACAAGGAGUGCCGCUGCUAAGGCAGAGGCUCAUCCGCAGGCUGUCAUUGCCCCUGAAGAUCCUGUACAGUUGUCGAGUCCCCCACCAACACCUGAUUCCCCGAAGAUUCGGAAGUCUAAAAAAAUUACCUCAAUUGCCUCGAAGCAGGAAGCAGUAUCGCCGAAAACACCUCCACUUGCUACCCCUAAAAGCAGUCGAAAGCGGUCACGAGCAUCAACCGUUAAGAAAGAAGAAGACUCCGUGAACGACCUGCCACACAAUCUAGGGAAGAUUUCAGAGUACCAAUCAGUGGACGCCGAUGUCAAGUCCGAACCACCAGCAAAGAAGUCUCGGAAAUCUGCCGCUACCAAUAAGAAGGUUGUCCUUGAAAAGGAAUCAGUCGAGAAAUUAGCCGAAAAAGCCUCGACUACAUCUCCCAAGAAAGCGAAGAGCAAUAGCUAUGGACUCACUCCUGGACAGACACCUUAUCCCAAUUGGCCGCACCCAACAGCAGAGGAGUGCGAAGAAGUCACCCGUCUAUUGUCUACUAUUCAUGGAGAGGUCAAGCCACCCAAGGAGAUACCUGCUCCUUCUCUCAAUGUAUCGGGCUGUGGAGAGGUGCCAUCUGUUCUUGAUGCUCUCAUCCGAACCCGUCUCUCAGCCGCUACAUCCGGCACCAACUCUUCCCGAGCCUUCGCAGGCCUAGUCCAGACAUUCGGCAUCCUCAAAGACGGCAUCGGCAAAGGCAGCGUCGACUGGAACAAAGUGCGCCUCGCCGACACUAAAGAAGUCUUCGAAGCCAUCAAAAGCGGCGGCCUAGCCGACGUAAAAAGCAAAGACAUCAAAAAGAUACUCCAAAUGGUUUGGGAAGAAACCCAAGCCAGACGUCAAGAGCUUCUCGCAUCUGAAUCUUCGAACACAAAUUCCGCCGAGCUGCAGAAAGCAGACCAAGGCGUUUUGUCUCUAGAUCACCUCCACGCCCUCUCCAACGACGAGGCCUUCACAGCACUCACCAAAUACCCUGGCAUCGGCCCCAAAACUGCAUCUUGCGUGCUUCUCUUCUGCCUUCAGCGCCCUUCCUUCGCAGUCGACACGCACGUCUUCCGCCUCUGCACCUGGCUCGGUUGGGUCCCUCCCCCCGGCGACCCGGCCGGUCUCCUCCCCGGCGCCAAAGGCAAAUUCACUGCCCCCAAUCGCAAUUCCACAUACGCACAUUGCGAGGUUAGGAUCCCGGAUCAUCUCAAGUACCCGCUUCACCAGCUCUUUAUCAAACACGGUAAGACGUGUCCGCGCUGUCGCGCUAUCACGGGGGAGAAUAGUGAGGGGUGGAGCAAGGGGUGUGUGAUUGAUCAUUUGGUGACAAGGACGGGGGUGAGGAAGGGGGCCGGGGCAAGUCCUGAGAAGGUCAAGAGGCCGGGGACAACGAAGGGAAAAGGAAAAGGGAAGAAGGCGGUGGUGAGUGACGAGAGUGAUGAGGAUUUGAGUAGCGAGCUCAGUGAUCUUGUGAGUGAUGGUGCGGAGGAUAGCCAUUCGGAGGAGGAGAAGGGAGAGAGCGAGUGA